AUGUUAUGGGAGUCAACGUGGGACCCGGCCAAUCCUGCGCAGAUGACAGUUGCACAACUGACGGACGGUUACGAGAGUCGGACUUUCAUGGCGUAUACUCAAGAUCAUCGAUGCGCUCGGCUCCCAAUGCACGAGUUCCUUCUUGGCUUCGGGUACUUACGCCCAACGAAAAGCACAGACUGUCAGAGUCCCGAGAGCUUUGCGACAGUUCAUGCCAAGCAGUUCAAUAUGUCCCUUCUUGCAACCAUUGGCGGGAUUCAAAUUAGGUGGAUAGACACACUGGGCGCCCAUCUGGAGUUUGAUCACCGUACCAAAACAUUGUUCCUCUUUCGGUUUCCUUCGUUUUGCGCAGCAAAUCUCGAGAAAGAAUCAUCGGGCGAGAAAUGGGUGCGAGGAGUCAUACAUGGCUGUACCGUUCCAGCUGGCGAUCCUACCAACUGGGCCACCGCUGAAGAUGUGACAAGCUUCCUAUAUGAGGUCAUCCUAUCAUAUCGGCUACUUUUUGGACUCUCAGCGAAGGGGCGACAAUUCUACCGAUCACUACGUCCAUUUAGUGACCUUCCGCCUGACCAACAUGAUCCCCUUCUUGGGGAACUAUGCAGCUCCCGGACUCUGACAACAAUAUCCGUUGACCACCAUGAAGACGUUUUUAGUCUUGUCUCUGACUUUCCGAUUCUCCACGGCCGAUUUGAAACCCUCCAAACGCAUCUGGCAUGCCCGAAGGCACGGGGCCUGAUACAGUUAUGGCGGGACAAGCGAAGUACGGAAGCAUGGUAUACGUUCUGGGCUGUUGUGCUCAUUGGAGGGGUCGGAUUGUUCCUCUCAUUCGUUCAGACUGUUCUUCAGAUCAUGCAGGUGCUGUAUAGUGUGCCUUAG